AUGGAGGACAGAGCCUUUGAGCUUGGGGGAGACGAUGUGUCAGCGGCCUGCUGGCGAUACAGCCCAUGGCUGGAGGGCACAGCCGUGGGCACGCGCCUCCUGGGUGCAAGUCCUGCCUUCACCACUAGCCAGCUCAGCCAGACCCUCAGUCUUGCCGACUUGGGUCGGGAGACGGUGAGCCCAGAUGGGUCCUUGCACAUCGCUGUGCUCAACUUCAUGGACACCGGUCCCUAUACCACGCAGAAGAUCACAGCGCGCAUGACCACCUACCCAACGUGGAAUGUCUACUUGUCUGUGUUUGAGAAGCUGGCCCCACCCACCAUUACAGCCUCCAUGGUGGCACCCGUGGAGUUGCAGGAAUCGGUGACCCUAAGCUGCCAGUGUCCUAGCAUCAAUGCCAUGUUCCAGUGGUACAUCGACAAGGAGCUGAUGUCCCUGACAGAAUACAUGCCUCAGCCCAAUAUCCUGGCUGCCAAUGUCACCCCCAUGGAGAACAUGGGCUCCGUCACUCUGAUGGUUCUCACCUUCUGGAACAUUACACGGAAUGACACAGGGCUCUACCAGUGUGAGGCGAGCAAUUCAGUCACCUCCAGCCUCAGCAACCUCCUCCCUGUUAACAUGAACUGUUUCUUCUGCCUUGUGCCUGCCCAGGAGACACCUGGGGGAAGGAAUGUGGCAAGUCCAGAUUAA